CUUCUUCCUCUCUACUUGGGGACCUCCAUUCCUCUGUUAAACCGUGGGCUCAAUCUCGGCGCCGCCGCCAAGCUCUCCGUUCCCCUGCCGGCCAGCCGGCUGCAGAUUUCCAUCUAGCCAGUCAUCUUCCACCGAUUGUUUCCGAGAUUCCUUCAGAGCGAACUGCUGAUGCCCACCAUCCGCCCCGCUCGUUGUUUUUCGGCACACGGCCCAACUGUGCGGCCUCGUCAUUUUUUUCCUGCCAUUCCUGUGCUUCGCAGGGCAUUAGUUUUCCAAAUGAGCGUGCCUUGUCUUAAUCAGAUCUGUGGCGAAUUCGGCCAGAUUGGUGGCGGGGCUCGUGGGAUGCUGAAGGGAGCAGUACAGUGCGAAGAAAGGGAAAUGCAUGUGCAUUCCAGUAGUAGGUCAGGUUGCGUCCCCUGAGGUUGCUUGCUGGCACAGGCAUAACAUGAGUUUGGGUGCUGCUGCCUUCUUCUGCCUCCUGCUGUCCCUCCGGGUUCAGGAUGCAGCGGCGGCUGAUCUUGGCUUCACAAGAAGCGAUUUCCCACGGGAAUUCGUCUUUGGAGCUGGAACCUCGGCAUAUCAAUAUGAGGGUGCUGUUGCCGAGGAUGGCAGGAGCCCAAGCAGUUGGGACAUUUUCACUCACGCAGGCAGUAUGCCAGACAAAAGCACGGGAGAUGUUGCUGCAGAUGGGUACCACAAAUACAUGGAGGAUGUCAAGCUCAUGUCUGAGACAGGCCUAGAGGCCUAUAGGUUCUCCAUCUCCUGGUCAAGGCUCAUUCCAAAUGGACGCGGAGCUGUCAAUCCCAAAGGGUUAGAGUACUACAAUAACCUCAUUGAUGAACUAGUGAAUCAUGGAAUUCAAGUACAUAUCACACUUCACCAUGUAGAUCUCCCCCAAAUUCUCGAAGACCAGUAUGGUGGAUGGUUAAGCCCCAGAAUUGUUGAAGAUUUCACAGCAUAUGCAGAUGUUUGCUUCAGGGAAUUCGGCGAUAGGGUUGCAUCCUGGACGACUAUGGAUGAGGCCAACAUCGGUGUACUUGGCUCUUAUGGCAAUGCCCUGUUCCCUCCUGGCCGUUGCUCAGAUCCAUUUGGAGCAACAAAGUGCACUGCUGGGAAUUCUAGCAUCGAACCAUAUAUAGCUGCUAAUAAUACCCUUAUGGCGCACGCGUCGGUUUUCAGCCUGUACAGAGAAAAGUAUCAACACAAGCAAAAAGGAAUUGUUGGCAUAAAUAUAUACUCCUACUGGAGUUAUCCACUGACAAAUGCCACCGUGGAUCUAGAAGCAACUCAGAGAUGUAAAGAUUUCUUGUAUGGCUGGAUACUAGAGCCAUUGGUGUUUGGGGACUACCCACAAGUAAUGAAGAAGAAUGCCGGCUCUCGUCUUCCACCCUUCACAAAAGCUCAAUCUGAACUUAUCAAGGGUUCUUUAGAUUUUAUUGGAAUAAAUCACUACUUUUCUGUCUACGUGAAUGAUCACCCUCUAGAUACAGGUGUUCGAGACUACACUGCAGACAUGUCAGUUGAUUUAAGGCGUUCUAGGACCGACCCGCCAGCUGGUCAGGGUCCCCCAACAAAUGUUCCAAGUGAUCCCAAAGGGUUGCAGCUUGCACUGGAGUACCUAAAAGAAACCUACGGGAACCUUCCCAUCUAUGUCCAAGAGAAUGGUAUCGGAUCUGCCGAUGACAGUCUGGAUGACACCGACAGGAUCGGCUACCUGAGCAGCUACAUGGAGAGCACACUGAAGGCGAUGAGGAAUGGAGCCGACGUGAGAGGCUACUUCGCCUGGGCAUUCCUGGACCUGUUUGAGCUCCUGGCCGGGUACCAGUCGAGGUACGGGCUGUACCAGGUCGACUUCGCCGAUGAGAGGCUACCGCGGCAAGCCAGGCUCUCUGCUCGCUGGUACUCCGGCUUCCUCAAGCACAACGGAUCCUCUGCACUGGUGUGGAGGACGCGGGUGAACCAGGCGCUGAACCUGGUGUCUUGACUCCCGAGUCCAGUGCAACCGCGUAUGCGUGCGCGUGAGGUUUCGAUCAGGAAGCGCUAUUCUCGGAUUACAUUACCAGUAGAUACCAAUACUUCUGUAACCACUAUUUUCUUAAUUAUUUCCUUUAGAAAACCAUCAUUUUCAGAGCAAGUUGAAGAAAUGAAAUGCUCGAAUUGCAUGUGAUGCA